AUGGCACACAUUGUUCACACAAUGAUCAGUGGGUCACAUAUGUCGGUGCCUAUCAUAACGAAAUUGAAGGAGGGAACGCCAGAGGGAGGGAGGGAGGCGCUCGCGUUUCUUGAGGCCGCGCAGGGGAGGGAGCUCGCCGCGUUUCUUCAAGGGAUUCUUCUCCGGAGCCACAUCGAAGCAUGCAGCCAGCACCGGCCGUCGGGGAAGGCCCACGAGCCACGGGGGGCGGGGUCGCUGGGGCUCCCGCGCGCUCGACCGAGGCGGCAGCAGCGGAGCUCCCACACGCCCGCCCAAGGGAAAGAGGAACUACGGUCGGGGGCUGGGACGGGUCUGUGGCGGGAGCGGGCACGGUUAGCGGUGCAAAGGCGGGUCCAUGGUGGGGUCCAUGGCUGUGAGAGGCUGAGGGAGAGUGGGUAUGGCGUGCCUGUGGUUGCCCGGAUCGCCGUGGUGACCGGCGGGAACAAAGGCAUCGGGCUGGAGGUGUGCCGGCAGCUGGCCGGCAGCGGCAUCGCCGUCGUCUUGACAGCCAGGGACGAGACGAGGGGCGCAGCUGCCGUCGAGAAGCUCAGAGGCCUGGGGCUCUCCAGUGUCGUCUUCCACCAGCUGGACAUCACAGACGCUCCGAGCAUCGCUCGGCUGGUCGAUUUCUUCAAGACCCGUUUCGGGAAGCUGGACAUCCUGGUAAAUAAUGCCGGGUUUGUUGGCCUUGAGUACAUCCAAGAUCAUAUCGAUGGCACUUCAACGACGAGCGAGAAGUUUGGCGGCAUGGAUAUGAAUCAGAGGCUCGAACUGUUGAUGAAAUGGUGCCUCCGGGAGACUUGUGAUGCUGGGAGGAAAUGCAUGAGAAUAAACUACCACGGCACGAAGCAAGUCAUUCGAGCAUUUCUACCUCUGCUGUUGGCUUCUGACGAUGGAAGGAUAGUCAAUGUGUCCUCAGUGCUUGGCCAGCUCAGGUUUUUUGGCAGCGAGGCGUUGAAGCAGGAGCUGAACGACGUGGAGAGCCUGACCGAGGAGAGGCUGGAUGAGAUGAUGGCCAUGUUCGUGGAGGACCUGGAGGGCGGCGCCGUGGAGGCGCGAGGGUGGCCCGUCGCAUUCUCGCCGGCGUACAUGGUGUCCAAGGCAGCGCUGAACGCCUACUCGCGAAUCCUGGCGCGGAAGCACCCCGCGCUGCGCGUCAACUGCGUGCACCCUGGCUUCGUCAAGACCGACAUGACUGUCAACUUCGGCAUGCUCACGCCCGAGGAAGGCGGGAGCAGGGUGGUGGCCGUGGCGCUGCUCCCCGCCGGUGGGCCGACCGGUGCCUACUUCGAGGACCGCCAGCAGGCGCCGUUCGUGUGA